AUGGCAAUGAUCUUUUCCAUGGUUUCCUUAGCAAGCAGUGACAGUCGGGUUGAUUCCAUGGUUGAAACCAAAGACCCAAAAAUAGGCAUGUCAAAAUCUGUAGCAAUGCUAAAAAUAAACCAAAUUCACCUGAAACUCUUAUUUUUGGCAUGGCUUACUAUUUUUAGAAGGGAUACCUUGAUUGACAAGGAGCAAGAUAUGCCCGAGUUCUAUUCAAGGCAUCUAGUCACAGUUGUGAUCACCCAGCUCUUCUCAUACAUGGUUGGCAAGGGUGUGCAAAAUAGAUAUGUUUGCACUGGAGAGACAUUUAUCUUUCUUCAUAUUCCUGAUAAGCCAUCCAUCAUUCAAUAUGCUGUGUGUGUGCCAAAUCAGGAUGUUCAUAAGGGCUUUGAAGAGGAUUUUGAGUGUACUGCAGUCACAUGGGUGGUUGCAUUUACCCUGCUAGCACUGGCCAUGCCACCAUCAUUUCAGGAGUGGCAUGAUGUGGUGGCAGAGCUUGAUGUCUGGCCAGUUGAAUACAUAGAGGUUCUCCAGCAGACCCCAAGCACCAAACAGCUGAAAGAUUGUAAAACCAUACUUGAAGAUGGAGUACAUUAUCUUGCUGGUCUCCUGAGUGAAGAUAGCCAGACUUGUAUCAAGGAGAAACAGAAAGGAGAAGUAUCAAGUAGAAGGCAAAAUGGACAUCAAGAAUGA